GGCGGUCACACUGUUGAAAUUUCAAGAAAAACCAAGCAAUUUGUUAAAAAUUUACCAAAUUAGAUCGUUUUAGAAAAAAAAUAACAUAGCAGCAAUGCUGCUGCUGUUUAAUAUUAAUUUUAUUUAUUAAAUACGCUGACGAUAAAUUUUGAGGCAAAAUUCAAUGAUUAAUCAGUGGCGAGACAUAUAGAAAACCGAACCAACCGACCGACUUCAGGAGACGAGAGUAGGUGGAGGGUAUAACACACCAUCCACCACCAGAGUCAACGCCACCCACACACAUAAAGAGAGAGCAAGAAAGAGGAGCAGGAGCUGUCGGAGCGGCGAGGCGAGGCGAUUCGCGCCCGAGCCGUCGCCAUCGACAUCGCCAUGAAGGUGGACACGGUAAAGCUGAAGAAGGGCUCUUCGGAGCUGACUUCCGAGUGCCGCGAACUGAUCGAUGAGCUGACAAAGCGGCGCACUCGCGCCGAACUGCUCGAGUUUCUCGACAAAAUCCACGUAUGGAUCUAUGGCAAGUGCGAGCUUUAUCAUUGGAUCGAGAUACUCGAUCGUUUCGACAAAAUACUGGAUGAGGCAGCCAGACAUGUGAAUUCCAAUGAAUUUGUGCUCCAAUGUGACACACAAUUCCACUCAACGGAUGUAACAUUGCUGCUGCAUGUGCUGAACUUUACGACACUCCUGAUUGAGCACUCGUUCUCGCGGCAUCUGUACAACUCCAUUGAGCAUCUGACACAGCUGCUCUCCUCACAGAACAUGGACAUUGUCCUGGCCGUACUGAAUCUGUUGUAUAUGUUCUCGAAGCGCAGUAACUUUAUACCGCGUCUACCCUUUGAAAAGAAGGAAUUACUGAUUGUGAAACUGUUCAACAUAGCAGAGCGCUGGGGCGAUCCAAACUAUGGACUCUCGCUCAAGGACUGCUGCAUUGGCGAACCAAAGCUGGAGUUUCUCUAUCAGCUGUGCAUCGACUAUGUGGACGAGCAUGGUCAUGCCGCUCAGCUGGAAAUCCCUGAUAUGAUGGACCUCUGCCACACGGCAUCGGCACCAGAGGUGAUCAAAACGAUUGCCGGACAGAUCUCAAAGCCCAGUGAGGCAAUAAAGAUGCGCAUUGCCCAUCGUGUGCGUCUUAUUUCUGGCUUUAACAACUACAAGCUGCGCCUGCAGUUUGUCCAGGCUCGCCUGCAGGCCGUCUCCAUUUUGAUUUACUCGAAUGCCCUGCAGGACAACACAGACAAGGUGCUGUAUCCCGGCUUUGGCGAAGAGCUCUGCGAGCUGAUUGACAAGGAGGAUGUGAUCCUGGUGGAGAUACGCGCCGCCGUCUUGCGCACCCUCACAUCGAUGCUGCACUUUGAUCGCAAUCCAAAUGUGCCCAGCAGGGCCGGAUCGCGGCUAAUGAAGAUUGUGCAUUACACAGGCGCCGAACGACAGGGCGGCACAUUGCCAUUGCUGGUGCGCGAUUGCAUUAAUAAUCUGACGACACACGGCCUCACGGAGCGUUAUCCCUUGAUUCUGGCCACAUCGCUGUUCUCGCUGCUGUACCAUUUGGCCAGCUAUGAGCUCGGUGGCUCUGCCCUCGUCAAGAGCGGCAUGAUGCAGUCGCUGCUGUGCGUGAUCAGCUGGCCAGGUGUUGAUCUCGAGCACAUAACAUUUGUGACGCGCGCCGUGCGGGUGAUUGAUCUGAUCACGAACAUUGAUAUUGCCCGAUUCCAUCAGAAUAAUGGACUGAAUGUGUUUAUCGAUCGCCUGGAGAAGGAGAUCAAGAGCUGUUGCAAGGCACUGGCGGAUAUUGGCAUCACCCUGAAAGAGUCCACCCUCAGGGAUGAGGGCAAACUGGAUAUGUCACUGGAUCUAGUCGAUGUGGAUAUCGAAGAUGGCAGUGGCUCCUCCCCACAUCGCGAUACAUCCGAUGAUCAUCUGGGCGGCAUCAAUCUCGAUGAUGAAGAGGAGGAUCCGCCCGAUGACGACGAGGAUCAGGAUCUGGAGGCGGCACCAGGACCCAGUGGCUCCAGCAACAUGAUAGUGGCUGUCGCCGGCUCUGGCGAUGAUGCUGGCACAGAGGGCAGCGCCCAGGCAGGCAGCAGCAGUGAUCCAGCCGACACAGGACUCGCUGUGGUCGUAUAUCCAGCCAAUAGUUACUAUGCCCGUCCACUGGCCGAACGUAAGGCCGAACUGUCACAGUCGCAGCUGCCGCCGAGCAGCGUGCAGCCUAAGAAGCCCUCGUGCGUCACGCAGCGUGCGGCGCUGCUCAAAUCGAUGUUGAACUUCCUGAAGAAGAGCAUCCAGGAUCAUGCGCACUUCAGCAACAUGCGCAACAUCAUGGAGACGAGCCUGACCCAAUCGCUGAGGCACAUCAUCGCCAACGCCGAGUACUAUGGCCCCUCGCUGUUCCUUUUGGCCACCGAUGUGGUCACCGUGUACGUAUUCAAUGAGCCCUCGCUGCUGUCCUCCCUCCAGGAUCUGGGCAUCACCAGCGUCAUGCUGAAGGCCCUCCUCCAGAAGGAUGUGCCAGCCACACGCGAAGUACUCGGCUCCCUGCCCAAUGUCUUCUCGGCUCUAUGCCUGAAUGAGCGCGGCCUGUUCGAGUUCCUCUCGUACGAUCCGUUCGACAAGGUGCUCAAGGUGCUGCUCUCCCCGGACUAUCUGGUGGCGAUGCGCAGGCGCCGCUCCUCGGAUCCACUGGGGGACACGGCGACCAAUCUGGGCAAUGCCAUGGACGAUCUCAUCAAACAUCAUCCGUAUCUGAGGGCCGAUGCCACCGAAGCGAUUGUGCGGCUGCUCAACGAACUGGUGCGUCUUGGCUCCGAUCCCAGCUUCAUUUGCUGGCGGGCCAACAAGGAGAGCAGCGGCUCGGGCGGCGGCUCUCAUGGCUCCGGCUCACAUGGCGUCCUGCCCUCGGUGACGGCCUCCCCCAUGGUGAUGGUGGCGGGUGCAGGCGGCACAGCCUCUGUGCUGCAGAGUGCGGCCAAUGAUAACAACGACAGCAGCGGCGAUGACGACGAUGACGAUGACGAGAUGAGUUCCGCCUCGCAGCAACAGCAGCAGCCACCAGGCACGGUGGUGGGCGGAGGCGGCGUCGUUGUUGUGGCCUCCACAUCACGUGGCACCGCCUCACAGGCAGCAGGAUCCUCGGGAACUGGCACAGCAGGAGGAUGCCUGACGGUGGCCACCACUUCCGCCUCCUCAUCGUCGUCGGCUCUGGUUCGUGCCUCGGUGACGCCGCCAGAGCGCGAGGCCAUACCCCUGAUCGACUACAUCCUCAACGUGAUGAAAUUCAUUGAAGCGAUCUUCAGCAACAGCCCGAACGGCGACCAUUGCCGCGAAUUUGUGCUGCACGGCGGCCUCAAGCCGAUUCUGCAGCUGCUGUCGCUGCCCAAUCUGCCCGUGGAUUCGCCGGUGUCCACCACCUCGCAGGCUGUGGCGAAUGUCUGCAAGGCGAUACUCAGUCAGGCGCAGGAGACAAAGGUGCUCGAUGUGGCCCUGAAGCAGCUGGCGGACAUUGUGGGCAAGCUAAAGCCCCUCAUCAAGCACUUCACCUUCCCGGGCGGCAGUGUCCUGCUGACGGAGUUGGUCUGCUGCCAGCGGCUGGAGGAUGGCUUUGCCAAUGCCGAAUACACACCGAUCCUGCACAACAUGAGCUUCGUGCAUGGCUAUGUGGUGAUGCUGGUGCAUCUGUGCCGCAAUGCCUCCACGGAUAUGCGGGCCAUACUGCUCAAGCGCUGGGGCGUCAAUCGGGAGACGGGCGUCCAACUGCUGCAGCAGCUCGUCCAGCUGUACAUUUCGCUGGUGUGGGAGAGCACCAUACUGCUGAAUCUGUGCUCCGAUGAGCCCACCCAGAAUCCGGAUCUCAUCUGGGAUGAGAUUGCCGCCCAGAUGUCGGCAGCUGCCGGCACCGACGAUCCCCUGACCGAAGCGGAGCUCUCACGGAAGCUGGAGCGUGCCGCUGAGUUUCGCACAAAGUACACGCCCGAGGAGCAGUUCCGGUACAUCAAGAGCCUGCUGGCGGCCAGCUCGCGGCUGGGCCGCGCCCUCGCCGAGCUGCUUGGCACGCUCGUCAAGCUGUCGGUGGGAUCCCCACAGACACGCCAGCGCCGGAUCAACGAUCUGAUCAGCAAUAUCAACAAAGUUCCUACACCGGAGGCGCGCGAGAUAGCGCGGAUAUUGAGCUCCAUUCUGGUGAAUGGAUUCAGCCACGAGAGCAUCCUGCCAAAGCCCGUGCCCAAGCUGAAGCUGACGUUCCUCAUCUGUUCGGUGGGAUUCACCGGGCCGAUGCUGUUCGACGACAAACGCUCCGCCUUUCAUCUGAUGAUCUCGCAGUUUUGCGCCGAGAACGGCCUUAAGGCGUUCUUUGAGAUGUUCUACUGGGCGCUGUCCCUCGAUGCUGAGUCAAAGAAAUUCGAGUUCAAGCAAUGGGCCUCCAUGGAGGAUCUGAUGCAGUCGCAUGAGGAUGACAAGCGUGACUGCCCGGAGGGCACUGGCGAGUUUCUCGACGCCUGGCUGCAGCUGCUCGAGAAGAUGGUCAAUCCGCGUGCAAUGCUGGACUCGCCCUACACGAUGAGUCCGCGUCUCAAUUACAUGCCCGACACGGUGCCCUUUGAGCCGGUCUUCUAUCUGAUACACAUCCAUCAGCUGGCCAUGCAGGCCCUGCGCCGGAUCUGGGCCCGACGACCCAUUGCCAACUAUGGCGCCAGCAUGUUCGAGACGAUGAUCCUGAUUGUCAAGCAUCUGGUGAAGUCGCAUGCCACGCUGCUGGAGCGCUAUCACACGCGCCUCAAGGAGAUCAAAUUCGAGAAUCUGUACAUACGCAGCACGGACGAUGGCCUCAAUGUGGAGCACAUUAAGACGCUCACGGACAUGGGAUUCACGCACUAUCAUGUAGUGGAUGCGCUGCGCAACAAUGGCUCCCUGGAGGAGGCCACCGACUAUCUGCUGAACAAUCCGGAGGCCAGUGCCCAUUCCUCGCAUGCCGCCACGACCAGUGCUGGUGCGACCAGUGGAGGUGCACCCACAGCGCCCACGCCUCCACCGACGGCCAUGGAGAUUGGCCUGGAUGGCACCGGCAUGGAGGGUGGCGAAUCAUCUGGCGGGGGAUCGGGCUCCACCAUCAGCCUGGGACCGACACCAACGCCCACAUUCAGUCAGUACAAAUCGGGCGGAAAUCCAUCCAGCUACGACUACAAGCAUCUGAAGCUGAUGCCGCCAAUGAUCUUCGAUCGGUUCUGCGACGAGGCCAUUGGCCGAGCCUUUGAGUUCAUGGAGGCCAUACCAGAUGUGGUGAACAGUGCCUCGGAUCUCAUUGCGGUGCUCUACAGGCGCCACAAUCACCUGAACAAGCAGGUCUUUGUCACGAACUUUGUGCGCAAUGUCAUCCAGUGGGUGGACUUUACGCUGCAGCUCUUUGAGAAUCCACGUCAGCCGGGUGCCACCACCAGGGGCACACGCCUGGAGGAGUGCCUCACGGGCAUGACGGCCACGCGUCUCUUUGUGCGCCUCAAGACCUCAACGCUGCUGCUGGACGAGAACUUUAGCGAUAUGCAUCGACCGCUGGUGGAGGCCAUCAAUGCCCAGGACGCCAUGGUGUCGCUGGUCAAGCUGCUCGACAACAUGGCCCAGUGGAUGAUGGAACAGUCGGAGAAGCCCCAAGCGGAGCGCAUAACCGUGCCCCGUUGGGUGCAGAAUCUUGUCGAUCUGAUCGAUGCCAUCGACAGCAUCAGUCACAUUCUGCAGCGCAAGUCCAACAUGCGUGCGGUAUGCAGUGAUGUGUGGCGCUGGUACGACGCCUCCACGGGCAAAUGGAAUGCCUAUUCGGAUGCCAACAAUGAGCUCAUCCGCAAUGCCUACAAUUCGGGCGAACGCUGGCUGCACAUCAACAUUGGCCGGCAGCGAUGCACCGUCUCGUUCAAUUGCAUGACGCAGGUGAGCGAGGCCUCCGGCAGCCAUCGUCCGGUGUUCCCCGCCCUCAAGCUCAGCGAGGCCAUCUCCAAUCUGAACAAUCCCGUGGCCGCCACGAAGGUGGAACAUCUGCUGAAUCGUGUGAUGCGCACCGCAGCCGAUGGCCAGGGCACCACCCACACGGAUGAGCUGAUUUCGUUGCGACAUUUGAUGACAUUCGGCGAUGGCCAACAGACGCCAACAAUGGUGCAGCCAGCAGCAGCAGCAGCAGCGCCGGCGACAGGAACCAGCGAUGAUACUUCCAAUGAUGGCGGCGGCAACACCACCACCACAUCAACGAGUGGGGGGGCCAGAGCACGUGCCCGUUCCCCACCCGCACCCAUGACAACGCGCAGCAAGUCGCGGCAGAAGAACGCCGCUGCGGCAGCGGCGGCCAAGGCAAAGACACCCACAGCAGCCAGUAGUGCAGCGGCUGCUGCGGCCACACCAUCGAUACCCAAGCGCACGCAGAGGAUCAUGCUGAGCGAGGAGAAUGUGGGUCUGAGCAAAUUCGAUUGCGCCCGGAUCAUUGGCAGCAUUGUGUCGCUGCUGCAGCCACCGAUUCUGCUCCAGCACGAGACGAAACUGUCGCUGUUGCGCCUCUGUGCCCGCCUCACGCGCAACUACGAGAAUGCCCAGACAUUCAUACGCUGCGGCGGGGUCAAGAUGCUGCUGCAGCUGCAGCAGUCGUGCAGCUUCAUGGGCUUCCCCACCUACGCCAUCAUCAUACUGCGCCACGUGCUGGAGGCGCCGCCAGUGCUGCAGGAGGCCAUGGAGCGAGUGCUGGGCAUGCGGGCCGCUGGCAUAGUGCCCGUGGGACAGCGUGAUCUGAUCUUUGUGCUCACCCAAGUGUCGACGGCAGUGUCGCGCAAUCCGCAGAUAUUUGUGGCCGCCGCCAAGGAGAUGCUGCGCGGCGAGUAUCUCAUGAAUUCGAACAGCUCCAGCAGCAAUGCCCUGGCGGACGAUGCGCGCGUGAUGGUCAAGUCAAAGUUUGGCCAACAGCCGACAGCAGCAGCCGGGGGACCCAAUCCACAGACACCGCCACCAGCACCCGUCAAGGAGGAGAUGUGGGAGGAUCCGAUGGUACAAUCGGCGGUCGCCGUGCUCAAGGAGCUGCUGCUGGCGCUUGUGCAGCCAUGCUGCCACUAUAGCAUUGCCAUACCCACAAAUGAUCAUCCCAAGGCAGCGGCCGAACUGCCACAAACGGAUCAUCCAGGCACCACACAAUUUGGGGCCAUGGAAGAGGAUGAACCAGCACCAGCACACAGCAAGAAAGGAGCAACAGGCGGAGGAGGAGCUACUGCAGCAGCUGGUGCUGGCACCGCUGCCACGGGCGAUGGCAAAUAUGAGCCCUGCUGCUGCACCUGGCAUGUGCCCACCGCUGUGCACACCCACUCAAAGCCGACACUCUCCCGGGCGACGCUCCUCAAGCUGCUGUCCGAUGCCACACGGGCCUACCAGUCGCUGUUGCCGAAGGUCCUGCUGGGGCAUGUGUACACACCCACAGACAGUCCGCUGAUACAGGAACCACAAAUGACAUUCAUGGCCGUGCUGCUGGAUCGCUUUCUGCCCAUCACGAAGCGCCAUCAUGUGCCCGAGGUGAGCACCAUGGCCCGCGUGCUCAUCUGCUCGAUAUCCGACUGCUACCAGAUGCCCGGAGUGCAGGUGCAAGUGGCCGAGGAGCUGCAUGCGGCGGUGGCGAGGGCUCUCGCCCAGCCCGACUCCUCGGAGAAGCACACACGGCUGCAGGUGCUAAUGAGCUUGUUCCCGAACCUAAUCGAGUCGCCGAUGCUGUUCGACAAGGUGCACAUGCACCGCAACAACAUGUACCGCGUCCUGUUGCGGCAGGGCGUCAUGACGUACCUCACCAAGAUUGCCCAGUACAAGGAUCUGUCGAAUCACAACACCCUCUGCACGCUGGCCUCCAUCCUGCGGCCCAUGGAGAUCCUGCUGCGCUUCAGCGUCUCCACGACGACCCUCGGCUCCAAGCGGAUACUCUUUGGCGGCGCCAGCACUGGCGGAGCCGGCGGCACGGGUGCCGGCAACAAUGCCUCUGGCUCGGGAGGUGGCGGCGGCAACAGCGGCAACAACACCUACGGCGCCAUCAUCAACCGCCGCUUGUAUCCACGCCUCGCCGCACGCACAGCCGCCGGCGCUGCUGUCGAGCGUUCGAAUGGAAUGGGCGGGGAGCAUGUUCUGCGGGACAUCAUCCGCAACGUGCUGUCGGACAGGCGGCAUGCCUUUGAGUUUAUAUUCAACUCGGACGAAAUGGCCGUCGAUCCAGAGGAUGCGGCACCGCCAGCAGGCGGCUCGGGAGCUGCUGGCUCGGGCGCAGGAGCAGGCGCUGGCCUGGGCCUGGGACUGGGUCUCGGAAUGGGAUCGAGCAGCAGCAACACCAGCGCCGCCGCUGCCUCCGUCAUCGAUGUGGUGGGAGAGCGCAACAGCGGCAGCAGCGGGGGAGGUGGCAUCGGCGGCGAACCAAACGAUGGACCCUCGGGAUCGGCAGGUGCCGCAGGUGGCUCUUCAUCCGGCGGGCCCGUGCGUCCCGUGCUCAACUUUGACCAGCUGUGGGAUGACUUCCUGCAGAGCGAGGGCCUGCGUCUGGCCUCGCGCGCCGCUGGAACCGGCGGCAGCAGCGGCAGCUCCUCGCAACAACAUCCACAAAACGGAGCCGCUUCGGGUGCAGCGAGUGGCGGCGGUGGAGCUGGCGCCGGCUCUGGCUCUGGCAGCUCCAUCAAUGUGGAUCCCCGCCUGCGCAGCUCCCAGCCCGAUGGACACCUGGCACCCGAUGGAACCAACGCCAGCAGCAGUGGCGGCGGCAACGGCAGCAGCGGCAACGACAACGGCCUGGGCGGUGGCAACAGCGAUGGCGCCUCCACCUCCUCCGAUACGGGCGCUCGGGAGAAUCGACGCGAGAUGAAUGCCUCGCUGCUGGGCGAUGCCAGCAGCUCGGAUUCCGAUUCGGAUGGCUCCUCGGAGAACGAUGAGCGGAACGAUGACGAGGACGAUGACGACGAUGAUGCGCCCGACGAGGAUGCGGACGAGCACAGUGAGACGGAUGUCGACGAGGAGCGUCCGCGACAAUUUAUCGAGGUAUUCGAUCACAUCUACGAGCCCGAGUCCUCGGAGACGGCCUCCAAUGACGCCGAUGUGGAUGCCGACGACGACGAUGAUGACGAUGACGAGGAUGUCGACGACGACGAUGCGGAUGACGAUGACGAUGAUGAGGAUCGUGCCGCCGGUAUCGAUGAUCCCGAACUGGAGAACCAGAUCGACAUUGCCCUGGCCCUGAGCAACUCCAACAAUCGUCCCCGACGCAGUGCAGCCAUCACGGCAUCCGGCGAGCCGGUGCCCGACGAUCCGAUACCCGAUGACGAUGACGACGACGACGAUGUCGAUGACGACGACGAUGAUUCGGCCGUAAAUGAGGCGGCCAGUCGUGCCGAAGCCUUCCUGUUCGAGCGUCUGGUGGUGGACAAUCCCUUGCUGAUGCCCACACCGCCGACCAGCUUCCGUGUGCGGAUGAACAGCUCCAUUGCCCAGCCCCUGGACAUUGAUGUGAACGGAGCAGGAGGAGCAGGGAAUGCCAGUGGUGCAGGUGGCUCCGGUGGUGGCACCGGCGGAGCUGCAGGCUCAUCCGCGGCUAGGGGUGGCUCUAGCGGAGGUGCAGCUGGCGGUAGCAGCAGCGGCGAACGUCCUGCGGCCUCCGCCCUGCGUCCCUCGUCGCGUUCCUGGAUUGCCCCGGACUUUAGCUUCAUCAGCGCCGCUGGCGGCAUACCACAGGGAGCGAGCGGUAGCAAUGCCGCCGCCAACGGAAACGAGGCUGGUGGAGGCAGCGGAGGAGGAGCAGGCGGCGGUUUCCACACGCCCAGCGGAGGAGCAGCGGCGGCAGUGGCAGCCGCAACCGCAUCGAACAACCAGAACAUGAGCAAUCUCCUGGACGAACAGGUGGCCAGCGGCGGAGCUGGCGGCAGUGGCGGCGCAACAGUGGCCAGCGGAGGCCAUCAGAGUGGCGGCGGUGGAGGCGGCUCUGGCUCCUCCACGAUGUGCAACAACGGAGUGCGCCGUCGCUUGAUGUACUUGGACCAGCAGUACUGCGUGUGCAUGCCCACGCACCAGAACCCCACGGAGGAGACCCAAAUCGAGAUAUUCACACAGGACGCGCUCCACUGGUGGCUGGAGGAGGCCAAGGCCCUGGAUAUGGAGAGCCAGACGGAUGCCUGCCUGUAUGCGGCGCACUUUCUGCUGCCGUAUCUGAUACGCCAACUGAAGGCGGCCCAUUAUCAGCGCAAGCAGGAGGAGGCCGCACGCCAGGCGGCCAUGGCAGCCGCCGCGGCAGCCACCACGGCCACCACCAUAGCAACGCCAACGGCCACGACACCCACACCGAUACCCACAUCGACAUUUACGAGUGCCACAGCGACAGUGACAUCUGCAGCAGGCACAGGAGCACCGACAGCUACAGCUACAGCCGCAGCCACAGCUACAGGCAGCAACAGCAGCAACAAUCGUCGCAGCUCUAUACCCGUACUGAUCCCCAUGCUGAUACCCUCUCCGCUGGCGCCAGCAGCAGCACAAGCAUUGGCCGCCCGAGGAGUAAACCCUGAUGGAACAUCCACCACCAACACACCCACAACGACUGCAACAACGGUGGCCACAACAGCAGCAGCAGCCGAAGCAGCGGCGCCCACUGUGGCAGCCACUGCCACAGCUGUCAAUCCAGCUGAAGGUCAGGCGCUGCCACAGCCGUAUGCCACAGCAGCGCGUUCGCGUCCGCUGCGUGCACCGAUACGUAAUGCCACACUGCGCCGCAACGAGCCGCGGGCGCCCUUUAACAUUUAUGCAGAAAUUGAUUUGACCAACGAUCCGGAUAUUGACGACGAUGAUAAUGAUGUAGAGCCAGCUGGCAGAGGAACAGGCGCAGGCACCGCUGCAGCUGCAGCAGCAGCUCUAGCUGCCGUACAGAGCCAUCAGAAUGUGGCAAUUGAAUCACAUCCGUCAAUGUUUCUGCCGCCAGCGGAACCAUUGGCUGUGGCGCCACGUCAUCCGCCAGUGCCACAUUUGCCAGCAGCCAGUGGCCGGCCACCGCGUCUCCAUGUGCGCGUACAGGAUGUAAAUAUAUUCAAUGAAUUUGGACAGAGUGCCCCACGUGUGCUGAAUGGACGGACACAUCGUUUGAUGUACGGCCAACAGCGGCUGAGUCAUGCGGGACGUGGCCCGGCGCCACCACCACCACCACCGCCGCCGCCCCCAUUGGCCCCGGCACCGGCUUCGGUGCUCGAUUUCUAUCCGGCUGCAGCGGCAGCCGUCGAGUCCGGCGGGGCAGAGAUGCAACCGAUCAACUUAGAUUUCGAUCUGGAGCCACCACACCGGAAUGAUGCCUCCGACCAGGAUAAUGUGCAGGAGGAGGAGGAGGAGGAAGUGAAUCUGUUGUGGCCCGGGACAUUUGAUGAGCCCGAGCAAGAGGCGGCACAGCGCCAGCAGCAGCAGCAGCUGCAGCAGGAACAGGAACAACAGCAGCAGCAGGAGGAUGAUGAGGCGGAGUCAGUCCAGAGCAUUAGCGGCCGCCCAGUACCAUCGCCCCAGCACAGUGAUAGGAUAACGCCACCCAUUCAGGUGACCAUCACCGAUGAGCCGCUCAUGGGGGGCGGCCAUACUCACCCGUCCCCCCCGUCCGACCACAGCCCAUCCCCAACAGCAGCAGCAGCAGCAAUCGCGUACUGCUGUAACCUCUGGAGGUCGCAGUGGGAAUCUCUUUUGGGAUCGUCGCCCACUAACGCCGGAGGAGGAUCUUCCUCCUCCACCUCAUCCGUCACCGCCACAGCGCCAACUACAGCUGCUGCCAGCUCCGAUGAAGGAGGAUCUGCUGCAAGUGGAUCUGGAACGGGAACUGCAACCCGAACCGUCACAGACAUGAGCCCCGAAGUGCGGGCCGCUCUGGGCGAUCUGGAGGUGCCAGAGGGCGUCGAUCCCUCCUUUUUGGCAGCCCUGCCCAGCGAGAUGCGCGAGGAGGUGAUCCAGGAGCAUCUGCGCAUGCAGCGCAUUCGCCAGCGGGCCCAACAGAAUGCCAUCCAAAUCGCACACGAUUCGCUCGUGGAAGUGAAUCCCGAAUUCCUGGCCGCCCUGCCGCUCAGCAUCCAGUCGGAGGUGCUCAUGCAGCAGCGCAUCGAACAGCAGCGCCAGGCAGCGCAGACAGCCAAUCCCGAGGAUCCCGUGGAUACGGCUGCAUUUUUCCAGAAUUUACCCGAGAAUCUGCGUCAAGUGAUACUCUCGGACAUGGAGGAGUCGCAGAUUGCAAGCCUGCCGCCAGAGUUGGCCGCCGAAGCACAGUUCCUGCGUCGCGACUGGGAGACACGCAAUGGCCCACGCCUGGGGGAUGCCCAUCCCCCCAGCAAUGCUCUAUCCCGUUUCCAGAACACGCUGCAGAGCCUGGAGGAGGCACGCUGGCACAGUUCCAUUUGGUACGAUGCCAGCGGCAAUGCCCAGCCGCAGCAUCAUCAGCACACGACCAUUGUGCACCAUCAUGCCCAUCACCACUCGCCGAAUGUGGGCAAACCGCUGGCCCUGCUCAUGAUGGAGGAUGAGAAUAUACUCCUCGAUCCGGACUCCCUGGCCACGCUGCUGCUGUUCCUGUUUGUGGAGGACCAGAAGGUGAACAGCAUGCGGUUGCAUCGCGUCAUCCGCAAUCUGUGCCACCAUGAGCCAACGCGUGAUUGGAUCAUCAAUGCCCUGAUUAACAUUGUCCAGAAAACGAACGAGGAGAGCGCCAACUUUGGCGGGACGGGACAGGGACAGGGGCAGGGCAGCAAGCCCGAUUGGCUGAAGCUGCGCGUGGACGCCGCCUUUGGGUACAAGAGCAACAUCUUUCUGAUCAAUCAUCUGCACGACGAGACCACCAGUGCCAGUGGCAGUGGCAGUGCCAGUGCCAAAGGCAUCAGCAUCAAUCCGCAGGCGGCCCAAAUGAUUGUACGCAACUGUUUGGAUCUGCUGUUCGUGCUGGCCAAGCACUAUCCGUCCAGCUUUGUGCCGUACCAUCGCGAGACCAAGACCCGUCGCAUGCUCAGCGCCGUGUUUGGGAUGCCGCCACCCGUGCCGGGUGCACGCAUCGAGGAACAGCAGCCGCAGCCCCCACCCGCUGGCGGCACCCUCGACUUUCGUUCGCGCUUCUAUCGCUAUCAGGUGGCCAAUCGGAUGCGUGCCAUGCUCGAGGAUCAUCCGCGAAUACUGGCACCGCCCACACCGCCGCAACCAGUCCAGGCCACAGCCACAGCUACGGCCACGUCGCCCCUCGAUGAGGCUCCCUCCACAUCGAAGGCGGCUGCCGCCAAGGCAGCAAAGGCAGCCACAACGACUGACGGGGGCAGUGGCUACCAGACGAACUCGUACAACUUCUGGGAUGUGGUCCUGAACAUUGACCGCCAGACGGAGGAGCGCAUGAAGCAUGUGGCCAAGUUUCCCAUCGUCUCGCAGCCCUCAUGGGAGUGGGUGGCCAAGACGGGUGACUUUCUAUCGUUCAGCGAUUCGCCGUUCGGCCAACUGCUGGCCAUGCUGCCGUACAAGGUGAUCUGUCGGUCGCCCCAUCUGACGGAUAUGCUCGUGAAGCUGCUGGCCUCACUCAGCACCGAGCUGCCCAAGGAGGAGGAGCCGGGCCCGGUGAUUGAGCCCCAAAUGCCCAAGCUGAUACCCAUGAACCAGGCGGUGCUCAAUCAGCAGGCGCAGCAGAACCAGGAAAUGUCCCAGGCAGCGGCCGCCUUGACGGGGGCCAAUGCCUCCGGCGACAGUCACACUCACACCAGCCGUCCCCUGCCCGAGCUAAAGAAGAUGCCCCCACCGCAGCUGACACUCCCGAUGCCCAUCAAGCCGAAGCGCAAGAUCUACGCGAAGAACUUCUCGCAGCUGCAGCUGGUCAUCGAGGUGCUGACGCAUCAGUGCGGCACCACCGAGGGCCUGGACAAUGUGGCCAAGCUGAUUGUCAAUCUCACGCAGUGCUCGCAGGCAUCGAAUGCCAUUUUCAUACAGUACUUGACCGCCGCCAUUCUGGGCCUCGCCGAGGAGGUGCGCCAGGCCAUAGAGACGCUCCUCCAGGAGAUACGGGCGUACAACAGCAAUGCGGGAUUGCCCAGCACCUCGCAACAGGCGGCGGCGGCAGCAGCAGCCGCAGUGGCAGCAGCAGCUGCGGCAUCAGCAGCUGCAGCAGCAGCAGCGGCGGCGGCAGCGGCAGGACCCUCCACCUCGGCUGGCCUCCUGCCCAAUUUGGCCGUACACGAGGGCAUCAUGCAGGAUCGCUUCACCGCCGAGCAUGUCAUCAUUUCGGCCCCAAAGAACGCCAAGCCGACGUGCGAGCUACAGCUGCCGUCGAUGAAGAAACUGAUGUCGAACUCGUCCUCGCAGCCGUUCUUCCUGCGCACCCUGAAGAUCUUCAUGCAGGUGCGGGACAUGUACGAGAACCAGACGGUGGCCUCCGACGACGAGGAGGACUUUAUUGACAUCCUGGGCGAUGGCGGGGCCACCAGCGGCAGCAGCUCGGAUGCCUCACGUUUCCGUGCACGCAUGGAGACGAACCAGCCCUCGGAUGGAGCCAUCGAUGGUGACUGCGACGGAGAUGGCGAUGACGAGGAUGAUGAGGAGGCCAUGCCACUGGGGGGAUCGUCCGGCGCCUGUGGCGGCGUCGCCGGUGGCGUUGCUGGUGCCAGCGGCACAGACAGCAGCAAGCCCGGAAAGCCCACGCUCAGCCAGAUCCUGUGCCUCGAUGUCCUGUGGCAUACGCUGAGCGAGUGCCUGGUGGCAUUGGAGGAGUCCAAGGAUGAGUUUGCCGUCCUCGUGCUGCAGCCGACAGUGGAGGCCUUCUUCCUGAUCCAUGCCUCCCAUCGCAUACCCAAGAAGGGGGCACGCGGGCGGGCCGCAUCGAGCCGUGCAUCGGCCAGCAAUACGUCAUCAUCGUCGGUGCAGGACAUCUCACCACUGAUGGACGAGGGCAGCGGCAGCGGCAGCACAGCCUUCAGCUCGGAUGAUGCCCAGGAUGCCAGCAAUACGUCCAUCGGUAAUGCCAAUGCCAAUCCCAAUGCUGGAGCCGCAACUGCAACCGGCUGCGGUUCCGGUCUGAGUGCCCACGAGGCACAGCUGAAGCAGGAUCGCCACAAGUUCCUUCAGUUCGCUGAGAAGCAUCGAACUGUGCUCAACCAGAUCCUGCGCCAGUCCCCCACCCACCUGUCGGACGGCCCCUUUGCCGUUCUCGUGGACCACACACGCAUCCUGGACUUUGAUGUGAAGCGCAAGUACUUCCAGACCGAACUGGAGCGCCUCGACGAGGGCAUACGCCGCGAAGAGCACACAGUCAGCGUUCGUCGUGUCACCGUCUUUGAGGAUUCAUUCCGUGUCCUGUAUCGUUUGGGACCCGAGGAGUGGAAGAAUCGUUUCUACAUUGUGUUUGAAGAUGAGGAGGGUCAGGACGCUGGCGGCCUGCUACGUGAAUGGUAUGUGAUCAUAUCCCGUGAGAUCUUCAAUCCGAUGUAUGCCCUGUUCUGCGUAUCGCCGGGCGAUCGCGUCACCUACAUGAUAAAUCCCUCCAGCCAUGCCAAUCCAAAUCAUUUGAGCUACUUUAAGUUUGUCGGACGUGUGAUUGCCAAGGCUGUGCACGACAACAAGCUGCUGGAAUGCUACUUUACGCGCUCCUUCUACAAGCAUAUACUGGGCAAACAGGUGAAGCACACGGACAUGGAAUCACAGGACUAUGAAUUCUACAAGGGUCUCGACUAUCUCAUGAAGAACGACAUCUCCAAUUUGGGCUACGAGCUGACCUUCUCCACCGAAGUGCAGGAGUUUGGCGUCACCCAGAUACGUGAUCUCAAGCCGAAUGGACGCGACACACCCGUCACCGAGGAGAACAAAUUCGAGUAUGUGCAGCUGGUGUGCCAAUUAAAGAUGAGCGGCUCCAUACGUCAGCAAUUGGAUGCAUUCCUCGAGGGCUUCUACGAUAUAAUUCCAAAGCAUUUAAUCUCGAUUUUCAACGAACAGGAACUGGAACUUCUCAUAUCCGGCCUGCCAGAUAUUGAUAUAGAAGAUCUGAAGGCCAAUACCGAAUAUCAUAAGUACACGUCGAAAUCGGCACAGAUCCAAUGGUUCUGGCGUGCGCUGCGCAGCUUCGACCAAGCGGAUAGGGCCAAAUUCUUGCAAUUUGUCACCGGCACCUCGAAGGUCCCACUGCAGGGCUUUGGCUCAUUGGAGGGCAUGAACGGCAUACAAAAAUUCCAAAUCCAUCGCGACGAUCGUUCAACGGAUCGCCUGCCAUGUGCACACACUUGCUUUAACCAACUGGAUCUGCCGAUGUACAAGUCAUACGAUAAACUGCGUAGCUGCCUGCUGAAGGCCAUUCAUGAGUGUUCGGAGGGCUUUGGCUUCGCCUAAACGCGACACCACAUACCACACUACUCGAUGAUACCUAGACGACGACGACGAAACGACGACGACAUGGAGCGCAGCGCCUACGAAAACAAAAUUUGAAUUAAUUUAAGAACACCGCACCCUCCACCCCCCCAAUAUAUAUUUUCGAGAUGAGAGAGGAGAGAACAGCCACUGCAGAUGUGAGAGAGCGAGUGCAAGGCAGCAAAAACAGGAAAGAAACAUUAAAUAAAAAAAAGCAGAAAUGCAGCAAAAGCCGCAAACAGCAAAAUGCAUAAACAUACAAUACAUAUAGUUAAAUAGUAUAUAUAAAAAAUGUUGAAUUAAUUAUUAAUUUUCGCGCCUAUAUAUAUAUACAAUAUAUAUUUUCUUAAAUUUUCAAAAAUGGAAAAAGAAAGAUGGCGAAAAAAAUCUAGAAAGUGUAGAGAGAGAUAGAUUCCCAAAACAAAACAAAAACAUAAACCACACGAAAGAAAGAAAGAAAGAAAGAAGAAAAUUACAAUACAGAAUACACAAAAGAAUAGAAGAAAGAAGGUAAAGAGGAAUAAUGAUCUAAAUUUAGUAUGCGUAAAUCAUUUAAACUAUAUAAUUUUCGUUUUUCUGUCGAUUCAAACAUUUCCCAUUAAACAAUAAAAAAAAAAAUACAAUUAUAAAAAUACAAAACAAAAUAUUAUUUUUUAUUAUUUUUAUUUAUUAUAAUAGAAAAAAAAGAAGAGAGAGAGAAGAUAAAACAAAAGCCCUAGUAUAUACAAUAGUCUAUAGGAAAUUCACAGUAUACGCCUUUGGUUUCUAGUUUAUCUGUAAUGAAUCCAAAGACACGGCGACGUGGACGCGGACGUGGACUACGAAGGAGAAGAAUAUUUAAAAAUGGAUUCAAAUAUCUCGAUGUUACAUAUAUAAGUCUAUGUGUUAUGCAUUUUAUUUGUGUGCAAUGAGCCGUAAAUGUAACUCACAGAGAGUGGUGGAGUCAAGAAGUAAGCUCAUUUAUCGUAAUAAAUUUCAAAGAAAUC